UUCACCACCGUGAAGCCAAGAAUCUGAGACCUUUCUUUUCUUUUCUUUCCUUUCCUUUCCUUUUCUUUCCUUUCCUUACCCACUUAACAAUUACAUUUAGAAUGGUGAUUUAGCUGCACUACCGACACUAUCUUCUAUACUGAGAAAUUUCCCUUCUUUCCAUGGGAAAGAGAGAGACAGAGUGCUAUUUUUUAAGUCGAUAAUAAAAUCAGAACUCUCUGUUUCUCCCUCCUCCUCACCUUGCCUAAACGAAUGUAGGGUGGAAAGCAAACAUGGCAGAGAGAGAAGCGAAAUUGCAAAUUCUAUGAACCAUAAUUCACUCUCUGUUCCUCUCUGUGCUCACUCUUUCUUCUUCGUCCCGCAUGCUUUUUUAGCAACCCACGAUAAUACCCACAUAUCAAUUAUCUUGAUUAACUACCCAGAUCAGUUUAUUCGGUUAAAAGUUGUUAUCUUUACCGCUAAAAUACAGUUAAUCUUACGUAUCUUUGGAAGAACUGAAGUGGGAUUCUACGGGAUCUAUGCUUCUUCAUCUAUGAUGAAGUGAAGGACCAAAGAUUAAGCUGGCUUGAAACUAAUCAAGGUCUCAGUUGGAUCUGAUUAUUUGCCAGCAGAAUAGUUUUCCACGUGUUGAUGCAUCAACUACAGAGAUCCACCGCUUGGAUGCAGGAAUUGCAAAUUCCUAAUGCUAAAAUUUUAUGAUGGACUCUAGAAGUUAUGUAGCUUAUUUCAUGUGAGGUACAGCUAUGGGAACAUUGACACUUGAUACUGGCAAUGUAGACUCAGAUGUAUACCUAAGUUUGGGACUUAAGGUCAAGGAAUUGGGAAAAGGAGUUUUGGGAACUCCACAGGUUUUAACCCUUCUUUCUUCUCUUCUUGAGAGAUCUGUUCAGAAAAAUGAGACUGUGCUGGAGACUAAACAGAUCAAAGAUGCCAUUACAGAAUUUGAUGGUUUAAGAGCACCCGCAGUAAGUAUUCGGCAGUACAUUGAUCGCAUCUUCAAGUACUCUGGCUGUAGCCCAUCCUGCUUCGUUGUGGCACACAUUUAUGUGGAUAGAUUUAUCCAAAGCACAGAUGUUCGUUUAACUUCCCUUAAUGUUCACCGGCUCCUAAUAACAAGUGUAAUGGUAGCUGCAAAGUUCAUUGAUGAUGCAUUCUUCAACAAUGCAUACUAUGCUAAAGUUGGAGGAGUAAGCACAGCAGAGUUGAACAGGUUGGAGAGGAAGUUUUUGUUUAGCAUAGAUUUCAGGCUUCACGUAAAUGUCAACACAUUUGGGAGAUACUGUUCUGAGUUGGAAAAAGAAACUGCUGAAGGAUUUCAGAUUGAACGACCAAUCCAAGCCUGCAGAAUCAAAGAAAGUUGGUCAAACAAAGAUGACUCAACCACUUGUGCUCCCACCAUUGCGAGAUGAAGAUUCCAAAUCAUCUCACUGUGUCAUUCUAAUCCUACAUUCAUUUAAAUACGCUCAAGUUAUAUAUUCUAAAGAUGCAAUUAGAUGUCUGUCACUUUAGUUUGAAUAUUGGAAAUAUGGCAAACUCGCUUGCUUGCAUUUUCAAAUAUCAUUCAUUGGUGUA